AUGGCGGAGGCAGACGACAGUGGAGUGCCGCUGAGUAGCGAGGCGCAGGACGCCAAGGAGGCGAUGCAGCAGCAACUUGUGCGCAAGAUGGCGCUCAAGAUGCUGGCGGAGGCCGAGGAGAGGGAGCGAGAGAGAAGGAUUCGUGAGGCAGGCGAGCCGGGUGCAGAGGCCGACACCGUCCGUCAGCGAGCGCUGGAGCAGAUAGUCACUGUGCAGGAAGAUCUCGUACGAGCUCUGAACCGCAUGAAAGUAAAGGAGGCAGAGGAGGUGGAACAGGCACAGAGAGUGACUCAAGAUAAGAAAUAUGCAGUUCACGAUGAGCUCGUGCGCAAGGCAAUAGCACAGGAGGUGAAGCAGCAAGUUGAGGAGGAGAGAGAGAGACAGAUCACUGAGAGCAACGACCCAACCUCUCCCCUGAACCAAGAGAGAAACAAGACUUAUGAUCGUCUGGUGUUGGUGCAGGAAGACUUGCUGCACCAUGUCAGAGGAAUGAUGGCAGAUGCGGCCAUGGAAGAGGAACAACAGCGGAGGAUUGUAGAAGACAAUAAACAGGUCGUCCAUGAGCAGCUAGUACAGGCUGUUGGGAAGAAGCAGGCCCUGGCAGAGCAGGAGGUGGAGAGGAAGCGGAGGAUCAGCGAGAGUAUUUCAGAGGAGGACACCAAGAGGAGGAUCGACAUAGCUCUCAAGAUGGUGGAUGUUCAGAAGGAGCUGUUGGCUGCACAUCCACCCAUUAAAGCAAUCCAUGGGACACUGUCGCAGCAGGUUCUGGAGGAGGCAAAGGCGGUGAUGCAAGAACAGCUGCUUCGAAAAGCAGCUCAGAAAAAAGCUGAUAAAAUGGCAGAUGCUGAGCAACAAAGGAGAAUUUCAGAAGGAGAGGACAGCAAGAGCUCUGCCUUCUCCGAGGUGAAAGGAGACGUGUUGUCUGAGAUAUAUCAGAAGGCGGCUAUUCGAGAGGCAAAGCAGCUGGCAGACGCGACUCAGGCAGAGUACAUCCAAGCAGAGCAGAAGACGAGGACUGGGGAAGAAGUGGUGAGGAAGAUACACCAGAAAGAGGUCGAUAAAGCCAUGGAUAGAGAGAGGGAGGAGAGGGUGGAAGAGAUGAAGACAAAACCUCCACAUUUCGUCUCCAAGAGCCUCAAGAAGGAAAUCACCCAGCACUGAGACUCUGCCCACUUCAGGGGUCUGGUUUAGACCAGCCUAAAACGGACAGUGUUAGCCAUAUGUCUAUGUAGCCAUAGAUCAUCGUUUUACGUAAGAGUGUAAACUGUAGAGAUUAUACAAGUAAAUUCUUCACAGUAAGCAACAUUUACUGCAAGAUCUUAUACUGUAUACCCCUGUAAUCUGCAAGGAAACUGUGUUUUGGGUUAAAUAGAAAUUGUGUUCUUGGGGA